CGGUAAAUGACAUGAAAUGGCAGACCUCCGGGAUGUUUCGUCCAUUUGUGGAGGUUAACCUGGUCGGCCCACAGCUCACAGAGAAGAAACGAAAAUUCACAACCAAAUCGAAAAACAACAGCUGGACUGCAAAGUACAACGAGGCCUUUCAAUUUGUGUUGGGUAAAGGCGUGAGUCUGGACUGCUAUGAGAUUCAAAUAACGGUAAAGGAUUAUUGUUUCGGUCGUGCGGAUCGGGUGGUCGGGAUCGCAGUACUGCAGCUGCGUGACAUAGCAGACCGGAAAAGCUGCGUGUGCUGGUGCCCCUUGGGCCCGCGUAUCAACAUUGAUGAAACCGGGACCACUGCACUACGAAUCCUCUCUCAACGCUCAACUGAUGAGGUUGCCAAAGAGUUUGUCAAACUAAAAUCUGAGACCAGGCAUGCUGAAGAAGGGAGGUGAAGAUGAAACUCAAGGUUGACCUUAUCAUUAGGAUUAAAGUGGACUGAUUUAAACAGAAGAAACUUAGAAUACGAGACAAA